CUAAGAAGCUACUUUUUGUCCGAUCUGCCGGUCUAUUAGGAACUUACCGCUCGUGUUCCCAAUUUCAUCUCCGGCGACGAAUCUCGGAAAUUCGCGGUUGCGAUGGGGACGGCCAGCGGGAGCGACGUUGAAGCCGGAUUCGCAAAGCUGCAAGGCGAGGAUUUCGAGUACUAUAUGCAGACAUACUCGAUCGUGUUGGGACGGAACUCGAAGAAAUCCACCGUCGACGUCGAUCUCACAAGCCUCGGCGGCGGGAUGAACAUCUCCCGCCACCACGCUCGGAUCUUCUACGACUUCACCCGCCGGCGAUUCGCUCUGGAGGUCCUGGGAAAAAACGGAUGUCUGGUCGAAGGCGUCCUCCACCUGCCGGGGAACCCUCUCGUGAAGCUCGAUUCGCAGGAUCUGCUCCAAAUCGGAGAUAAGGAAUUCUACUUUCUGCUUCCCGUGAGGAGCAUUUUGGGCGGGGGGUUAGGGCCGAGGCAUCACGUGCCUGUGGUGGCGCCGCCGCCGCAGUACGGGUAUCAUGGGGCGGAUAGGGCGUUGCCGCCGGCUGCUAGCGGCGGUGCCGCGAAGAAAGGGAGGCGGAAGGACUAUUUCGUGGAGGAGUAUGAUGAUGUGGAGGAGAAUAACGGCGGUGGAGGUGGGGGGAGUAGCAGUGGGAAGAAGAUGAGGAGAGAUGGGCACGACGGGUAUGGAUACGGUUCGGGUGGUUCGCACAAUGGUAAAGUUGGGUUUCAUGGAUCAUUAGCAGAGAAGAAGGCGGAUGGAAGGUCUAGAGCUGACCGUGAUACUGAUGAUCAACAGCUGAAACAGUUGGAGGAAAAAGAUGUGGUGUCAUCUGUAGCCACCGUGCUAUCAGAUCUGUGCGGGCCUGGAGAAUGGAUGCCCAUGGAGAAACUCCAUGCCGAGCUGUUGGAACAGUUUGGCAGUGUCUGGCAUCAUAGUCGAGUGAGAAGAUACCUAACAUCUGAGGAGUGGAAGAGCCCAGAAGCCAAGGAGAAACCAUGGUAUGGCUUGCUUAUGUUGCUGAGAAGGUACCCCGAGCAUUUCGUCAUUAACACAAGGUCCAAAGGCCGAGUCACCCUGGAGUUCGUCUCCUUAGUGUCACUGCUCUCAUAGGUAGGGCAGUCUAGAGCCCUGCCUGGGGCAGCGAGCUCUAUGAGCAUGCUUAUAUGUGAUUAUGUAGUGGUGGUAAACUAGGGUUCUUUGUUGUAAUUUAGUGGAUAGUGAUAGAGGUCUGUGGCAACCCUCUCGGAGUUAUGUAGUUUAAAUCUUUCAUUCCCCUUUAACCUGCCCCGAACUUGCUCUGUAGUCUACGCCAAACGACACUCAACUUGUUGCGUGGAGCUUGCAAUUCUGAUUGCGUUUCAGAGACUUGGCGUUUGGAAAUGAAUAGCACCAAUGUAAGACAUGGGGAAAGUUCCUGAGUGAGAUUUGAUGGUAAUUUUUCCAGUUUAAAUCUCUCCUCUCAAUUCUCUUCUUGGGGGAAGCGGCAGAAUCCAUGGAUCAGCAGUCAAAUUUGAGCUACUGCAGCUGAAGUUGGCCAAAUUCUGGUGGUUUGCGGCUAGAGUGAUGAUGGUAGCAGAAGUAACCAUGUUUGGCAAAAACAUGCAAAUCCAUAAGAACAAACCGGAACCAGAAGUAACCAUGUAUUAUGCCUUAGAUAACACGCUACAUUCACAGCUCUUGUUGGGAAAAUGCAGUCCACAGAGGUCGGGUCAUGUAUUAGGCCUUGCAACUUCUUUUGUACAAUAUGAGAAUUGAGAACUCACAGCUUGCUGAGUUACUGUUGCAGGAAAUGCUAGCAGAAAAAACGAUUUAGAGAGCUCCUCAACAGGUUGCAGGUUGCUAACCAAAGGCAGGCAUCUAAAAAUAACAGGAACUCGGAGCAGAAAGGCAAAAUAUGGG